CGCUGCCUUUCCGUACCUGAGCCCUGCUGUUCGGUGGUUGGUUGGUAGGCGGUGGAAGCGAGCGGCGUUAGCUGCGCGUGCGUGGGAGCGACGUGUCUGGCGGCUCGUGAGGGGCGGCGCUGACUAGAUGACGUUAGUAUGACUAUGGCCCAGCCUGGGGCGGUAGUGGCAGCUGCUGCGGGAGUCCUAGUUCUUCUCCUCUACUCCUCCAUUCAUAAAGUUGAUGAGGGCCACCUGGCAGUGUAUUACAGGGGUGGUGCCUUAUUAACCAGCCCAAGUGGACCAGGCUAUCACAUCAUGCUCCCAUUCAUUACCACCUUCAAAUCAGUGCAGACAACAUUGCAAACUGAUGAAGUAAAAAACGUGCCUUGUGGGACGAGUGGUGGGGUUAUGAUCUACAUUGACCGAAUAGAAGUUGUGAAUAUGUUAGCACCAUAUGCAGUGUACGAUGUUGUGAAGAAUUACACUGCAGACUAUGAUAAGACCCUGAUCUUCAAUAAAAUUCACCAUGAGCUGAAUCAGUUCUGCAGUGCCCAUACCCUCCAGGAAGUGUACAUUGAGCUAUUUGAUCAGAUUGAUGAGAACCUGAAGCUGGCCCUGCAAAAAGAGCUGAAUGUCAUGGCACCAGGUCUCACCAUCCAGGCUGUGCGUGUUACAAAGCCCAAAAUCCCAGAAGCCAUUCGAAGAAACUUUGAACUAAUGGAGGCUGAAAAGACCAAACUGCUCGUAGUAGCACAGAAGCAAAAGGUUGUGGAGAAGGAGGCGGAGACGGAAAGGAAGAAGGCUCUUAUAGAAGCUGAGAAGGUGGCUGAGGUGGCCAAGAUUCAUUAUCGACAGAAGCUUAUGGAGAAGGAAGCAGAGAAGAGAAUUUCUGAGAUAGAAGAUGCUGUUUUGCUAGCAAGAGAGAGAACAAAAGCUGAUGCAGAAUAUUACACGGCUCGGAAAAUGGCUGACUCUAACAAGCUGAAACUCACACCAGCAUAUCUGGAGCUGAAGAAGUAUCAGGCCAUCACUGCCAACAGCAAGCUGUAUUUUGGUAACAGCAUCCCCAGCAUGUUUUGGGAUUCCUGCACCUUCAAACAUGUGGCUGUGAGGACCUGCCAGAAGCCAGCCUCCUUUCAAAGGAGGAUCCUGCACUCUCUGGAGAAAGCCACCUCAAAAAACCAGAGAGCACAGGCUGAUACAAGAGGCGGAAAAGCUUCAGCAAGCUCUGGAGGCAGGGGCUGCAUCAUGCAGACCAGCGUCCUCCCUAGUGUGCUACAGGGCCGUUGCCUGCCCUCUGCCAUGCCCCAGUGGGGCGGACACAGCACUUGCAGCCUCUUUCUACACAGAUGUGACAAUUGGGUUGAUUUCUUUAAGCAACAGCUGUGUUGAGGGCUCUGCCUUUCCCUUUUCUCACUCCCUGUUUGAGCUGGUGCUUCCGAAUGAGGGACAAUCCUGUACUUAAACCUGCUUAUACUGGAAUAUUAAAGGACAGAAGCCAGGGAGCCUUCUGCAGGAGGUGCAGUUCUUUAGAAGGCCUGUGUUCUGCAAUACCCUUGUGGCAGAAGAUUUGGCCUAGGGGCCCUCGAGGGUGCUGGGCGAGUGGGAUAGAAAGCCUGGUCAUUUUGCUGCCCAGACCCUGAGGCUGGACCGACUCAUUAACCUCCCUCACACUGCUCUUACGCCUGUCGCUCAUCUAGACGUAAACUUAAUUUCUUCUUGUAAAAUGCUACUGACUUUCGUCUGGGUCGUGCCUCACCAUGCACACCUGCUCAGCUCCCUCGAUGCCAGAGGUCUAGAAGCCCAGCUAGGAUGGUUUUGGUGGCAAGUAGUUUUUUUUUAUUUUUCUUUUAAUAGGAACCAUAUAGCUCUAAUCCUUUCUGUAGAUAGCAACACUAACUGCUGUGAACUCGGCACUAGUGUAUAAUGGUAAUGCAGUGCUAGCUGGGCUCUGUCUCCUCCCAUCCAAAGAUGUGGAUUGAGGAACAGGCUGCAUAUGGUGCCAGGUACUGAGGACAAGGAGACAGACUUGUGAAACCUGCCUGGCCACAUACACCUCUGCCACCCCCGCAGCCUCCUUCCAGUUAGCUUUGCAUCCUCACCCUGGGAGGCUGCUACCUCUCUGCAUCUGGCAGACAAAGGGAGGAGAGCAAGUGCAGCUGCAGGAGACAGCACUCCCAGGUCUGCCCCCCCCCACCCCAACACACACAGAGAAGGGACUCAGUUGGCUGUCCUGCUGCCCACCUCUCUGGUGCUGGGUUGGCCCAGUGUUCGUUCUGCCUCCAAGCAAGGAAUGGGUUCAACCUGCUGCUUCAGCUCAGUCUUGCUCCAUCACUUCUGCAGCUCUGCCCAGGGUGCCAGCAUCAGGCAGCUGAGCUUCUGUAGUGGGAGCUCUGCAGCAGCAGCUCCCGACUGGAGUCGUUUAAUUUGGGGGCAUUCUGUUUUUGAAUGAAGUACUGUCGCUUCCCCAGAGAGCAGGUGCUCAGUGUGAACAGCUCCUGUCGCCCAACUCGUUGUCUGUCAGCAUUUUUGACCAUCUGUAAUGUCCUCAACUGAGCAGCACUGCUUCUUGGGACACUGCCUGCUAGCGGCACAGGAAGGAAGCCCCCUGCUAGGGAUACUGUGCUGCAUCUGCUGUCUGCCCCUUGACCCACUGUCCUAGGGUGGGGGGAAUUCCUAACUGUGCUUGGUGUAGUCUCCUCCUUUCCAAUGGUAGGGCCACUGUUCAGGUGGUAUUUCACAUACUGUUGCGUAGACACUUCCUUUUUAAGUUCUGGAGUGUGUGUGAAGGGGUGUGGCUUAGAUCACUGGGAUUGGUUCCAGAAUGUCUGGCCUUCCAUCUGGCCCUGACCCCGCUCUGCUAAGAUGGGAAAAGAGCAGCCUCAUCCACCAGAAUUGGAGUCUACGUGCUCGUACCACCCUCCUGGCUCCAUGGGCUGCACCAGCCAACUCACCCCUGUGGGUGCUUCCCAGAGAUGCUGGGUACCUGCAUCUUGCCCUGCAGUUGAGCAUGGAGCUGGGGCUUGCCUGGGGAGGGGACCAGAGCUGGGGCUUGGAGCUUGUCUGGGAACGUGCUCUGUAUUUUUUCCUGAAUGCUAAUAAUUUACCUUGUUCUCUGAAGUAUUCGGUUCAAGGUUUAAAAACCUGAAUAUGCCUUAGCACCUGCUGAUGGCCUCCUGAGUGGGCACAGGGCUCUCACCAGGGACGGCCCACACACAGAUUUUGUGCCGAUUUAACUAUUUUACUUGGGGAGGUGUGGAGGGGGGGGAGUGUUUCCCCAGUUGAAAUAGUUAAAUGAGUGUGAGCCGUCUUGUGGGCGCUGUUACACUGCUGUGAAGGUUCCCUUUCCUCUGCAGGACUAUCAGUACUGCCCCAACCUCCUUUGUCUGGGUAUAGUUGUGUCCAUACUCAGGGAGUUGGCCUGCUCUGUCUUACUGUGAGUGUGGUACAAUUUGUAUGUGGACAGGGCCUGAGGCUUGGAGCUUUGCUUCUGGCAUUUCUGUUCUUCCUCAUGUCUGCAGAUCUCAUAUGGCCAAACGGCUGUUCUCUCCUAAGCAUUGCUCCCAUGCUGUGCUGCCUCGCUCCCCUGGGAGACUGAUGCCCCCUUUCUACUUUGCAGCAUGUGAUUCUCACCGGAGCUAGCUAUUGUUCUCAACCCACUGCCCCUUCUGCAGCAUUUCUGCCUGUGCUUUGUUCAGCUGGAGUGCAGCAUGUGUCUCUUGGAGGAUGUGUCCCAGCAUGAAUACACUGUGUGCUUUACAGACCCCUUGCUCUGCAUCCACUUUGCUGUUGGCUUGUCAGCUGUUUGGGGUGCACUCCCUGGCUCCCAUUUAGUUGCUGCAGCUAGAGUAUUCUCUUGCCCAGAUACUUUAAGUUAGUGCCCAUAGGAAGGGGAGGCCUUGUGCAUUGGGCUGUCAGCAUUUGCUUUGCCAGUCUCUUAGAGCCCAGCUAAGGUGGGAACCAAGGAACAGUUAGCCACCUGAGGAUUAAAAUGCCAUGCAGCCUCCUGGAGCCAGGCAGCAGCAGAGACGGCACUUCAUUUUUGCUGGGAGUUUGUGCACUCCUGCAGCUUCUGGGGCAAGGACAAAUGAACGUUACCAUAGUGCCAUUGGCCCCUUGCCCCACUGUGAUUAAGGUGGGAGAAGAGCAGGCUCAUCCACCAGAACUGGAGUCUACAUGCUCAUCCCACCCUGCUGGCUCCAUGCUGAGUUGAAUGGCACAGUCCUGCCAACAGCCCCCUGGCAGUUCCAGCAUCUCGUGGAGAGAAGCCAGGCAUUGCCAAGCAGCCUAUGGCCAGGUGGACUUGUCAGAGAGUUUGAAAUAGCAGCCUCUGAAUCUGCAUCCUGGCCAGGGAGAACUUGCCUGCUCUGUUGUUGAAGGCCUGCUAGGUGAGAUGGCCCUGAGCCCCCUGGCUGUAAUGACCAGCAGCCACAGCACACUUAAUGUCUCACCCUUGACGAGUGCUGCAGAGGCCACCUGGCAGAGCUGAGAUUGGAGGGAAAGUGCUGUAGUGGCUGCAGGUGCUCCUGGGGAGGUACUCCUAUGCAAGGACUGGCCAGGAAGAAGAUUGGACCAAGUGGCAGUAAAAGAUGACGGAGUCAGUGGCUUGGAGUGAGGACUGGUCAGGAAGGGCCUUAAUAGGGCAGACAAGAGCUUGUCUUAGAUGUGGUAGUGAAAGGGGAGAUAGUGAAGGGGCAGCGUGGGUGAGACGGAGUCAGCGAUGAGUCAAGAAAUUGAUUUUGUAGCCAUGUUCUGCAUUUGUGUAAGGGAGAUGAGGUGAGCGGGGAGGAGACUACCAAGACAGAAUGGGUCAUAGGACAGGUCAUGCUGUUCAGGGUGAUGUCAGUGGUGAUGAUGGUUUAAACUUAGUUUCAUGCAUUUAGAAAGAUUCUGCCUGAUUGAGAGAUUUCCUUCACCUUAAAAUGGGGACAGUUUCCAGUCUCCCACACUGUACUGGGCACUGCCAUCUAGAGAUGGCUUUGAGGAGUAACCAGUUCCUGCUCCCUGCUAUGCCUGGAUUAAGGACGGUCACUGUCCUGUCCUCGUGGCCUCAGCCAAUUAACUGGUAUUGGCUAAAGUAACUGUGUCCUGUCCAAUGUCCAGGUUGCAAAGAAGGCUGCUGGAAUGGAAGAAUCCUUAGAAAGGAGAGGCUUGUCUCACCUGCCUCCAUCCUGAUCCAUGCUUUCCAUGUAACCCUCCUCCCAGUGGCCAGUUCCUGACAUGUGGCUCAAGCCAGGAGUGUUUGUAGGCAAAUGUCGGACAAUGGCAAACCCCUUAAUGCAGGGCUGAAGAAUAGGCCAUGUGAGCAAGGGGGGUGCAAGUUGCUCAGGCUGUGCUUCUCCUUGUUCAUACAAAUCAGUUCACUUAGACAUCACUUCUUUGGCUCAGGCUAAAAUUGGUGUGGGUGUGUGGGGUGUCCCCUGUUGGCAACAGGUGCUGGCUGCAGUGUGCUAGAGCUCUCCUCAGCCCAGGCCAAAUGUCUCUCUUGCUGCCCCAGGGCUGAGAGGGGAGUUUAGUCUGGCUUAGGCCUCUGAUGAGACUGCUGGCUAGCAGGAGAUUAGACUGGUUGACAUCUUUGACUCUGUCCCCAGGGAAUCACUCUCUUUGCCCUCCCAUUUCCCCAGGGUGCUAAGCAUCCAUCAGCUAAUAGCUUGGUAUCAGCAUCCCAGCCAUGGGCCAAGCAUCUGCUUUUAAGGGCUCUGUGCCCCAGUCCAAGUUCUGAGCUGUCCUGUUUCCCAGCUGUGGGCUACACUAGCCUUCAUUCCUGGGGGGGCCUGCACUGUUGCAGGAGAGCAAAGUCAUAAGUACAAACGGUAUAAGCUGACUGAACAAGCAUCUGCUCCAGCUGUUUGAAAGUUUGCUGCAGGCACUGGUGCUUGGCAGCUGUGAGCAGGGUUCUGUGCCUAACAGUUGUCACUGCCUGAGGCUGAGUGGGAGCUUGGUGUCUAAGGGAUGAGGGCAUACCCUGCACACUCUCGGGUGGCUGGGUGUACAAGGCCUAUCUGUUGCUGUAAGAGUGGCCCACUUCCCCAGCUCCAGGAGGCAGGCAACAGUGCACAAAAGUGCAUGGCUGGCUCUACAGCCAAUGGGUGAGGGUAGACUCAGGGUGCCUACAGAAAACAGCCCCUUCUCUUCAAGAGGGCAGUUGCUCCCUGGGCAGUAAUGAUCCUCCCAAACUUCUGUUCACUUGAGGCCUCAGUCUGCUGCCAAGGAGGGAGCUGCAGGCUGGACUUGGCCUGUACAGCCCAGCUGGGCUUUUAGAUGUGCUCUUUAUCUGGCUUGGAAUGUAUGUAUCAGCUACUCACUCUCCCUUGCUUGGUGCGUUCUGCUUUUUGUACAUUUCUCUUGAAGGAGUGCUUGAGGAUGUUCCCAAGGGUUCAUUGUCCCUUGGCAAUACUUGAUCAGUACUUGCUGCUCUAGACAGAAAUCUCCUGUUUUCUUAACCAAUGUUUUAGGCUCCACAUUCUGAUCACUUUUACCUACUCUAAAAUAACUGUCCAUGACAUGCUGGUCAUAAGUGAGACAGUUGGCUUGAUCAGCAUGGGUCACUUGUGCAUUACACUUGGAAUUCUUACAGGGCUCAUGGGCUGGAAAUUACUUGUUUGAAAAUGAAUUUUGAAGUGUUAAUGUUUUGAGAACAUAAACAACUUUCCCUCCACAAGCUGCUGAACUGUGUCUGAUGGUGGGUGUGCUCUGGGACCUGGACAACCUUCUGGGGAAUUUACUUUUUUUAAAAAUUAUUCACAUUUAUAUGGCAAAAUGUUAAUUUUUUGGAUAAGAAUAAAAUUAUUUUGAUACCAUG